AUGCCAUCUUGCAAAGAUUUAUAUGACAAAUGGCGUAAUGCCGUAUCCGAAGCGACUAAGGAUCAUAAACAUCGUUACACUUGUGCCCUAUUUAAGAAGGAUCAAACUAUAUCAGAUACUGAACAGACGAAUAGAUGUAUCUGCGGUCGUUUGAAAAACUCUCACAGUUACAAAGGCGAACUAAGCUCAUAUGCUGGGGAUCGAUGGAUUAUGACAGAUUGUUCAGGACGGAUUGAUGAUGGCAUAAGCUGUGGUAUUCUUUACAAAUGGCACCAAGCCUGCUUAACUAAGUUUUUGCGUUGCGACAUUAAUAUACCACAAAAAGCACUCUACGACCUGAUAUGUAAUGAUUAUGGCAAGAAGCCAAAUUUGAUAAUAAGUAUUUUUGGUGGUACAAAAAAUUUUAAAAUGGAUAAGCAUUUGGAAACAGCAUUCAUGAAUGGCAUCAUUGAAGCAGCGACGAGCGCUGGCGGAUGGAUAUUGACUGCUGGUUUAAACAGUGGAGUUGUGAACCUGGUUGGCCAAGCGAUUUCAGAAGCAAAAGUAAUGCAUUGCAAUUUAAAAAACAUAGUUAGCAUUGGCUUCACAAAAUGGGGAAGUCUCAGCCAAGAUGUGAGAGAUUUGUUAUCGGGAAAGUUUCGCAAGCAGUUACAUCCUGAAAACAAUGAUCCAAUUAGCGAGUUGUAUACAUACCCACCAGAAAUGUUGGGUUCAAAUAACCAGCAGACAGUGGAAUCACAUCAUGCAUACAUGCUUCUGUUCGAUGAUGCUACCCAAUAUGGCUAUUUAGGGGACCAUCAACCCACUCAAUUUUUGGAAGAAGCGCUCAAAAACAAAGGCAAUACUAACUGUUAUACAAUAACUGUUAUUGUAGAAGGAGGUUUAAACACACCAUAUACAAUACGGCGCUUCUUGGAAAAGAACCUUCCAGUUGUAAUCAUAAGGGGUAGCGGUAGAAUGGCUGAUAUAAUUUGUGAUUUUCUGACGCCAGAUGCUGAAAAUGCUUCAAAAGACAAAAUCAAGGAGGUGCUGAAAAAAAAAAUUCCGAACAAGGAGUCUCUGAAAAAAGAAGACUACGAAGAAGACCUAAAGACGUGUGCCAACGAGAUAAGGAAAAUUAUCGACGUGAAAUACAGUGAUUUGCUGAGUGUAUACUCGUUAAAUCAGAAUGUUAAUGUUGCCGAAACAAUAUUUAAUGCGAUUUUCAAAGCGAAACUUUCUUCACAUGCUGACAAUCGUGAUGGCCAGUCCCCACAUCGGAAUAUUUCGUCAAUCGACAUGCUAAAUUUGUUAGAUUUAUCACUAGCCUGGAAAUCUUUUCAGGGACUACAGCGUGUGUUUGAAGACACUGAAGCAAAUCCAGAUCAGCCAUCUUCUAAAGAGAUUAUGAAAAAAUUUAUUACUUCACUCGAAAAUGAUAGUCCUAAGCUGGCUGAUUAUUUUCUCCGGUCUCGAUAUAAUGUGCUGAACGACUUAAAGCGUGAAGAUAUUUCGCUUUUAUAUGAAACUAUUUCGAAAACACCACACACGGAACGAUAUAUUUCUUCUGUAUUGGAAACGACGAAUAUUGGUUCCAAUAAACCACUUGGCAUUGCUGACGAGUUUUGCAAAGAAUUCAUUGGGCAUUUUAUGCAGAAUUUGUAUUCAGAAGAAAGCGAAAGUUCAAUAACAAAUAUUUUGGCCAGAUUAAAAGGCGCAUGGCGCGGAAUCUUUCAAACGAGUUGUAGAUGCCCACCGAGACGCGUUUACACGCCGGUCGCUUUAAAACAAAUUUUUCUUAACUUGAACUUUCCUGAUAAAAAACAGGAUUAUUCACAACAAGAAAAGAUACGAGAUCUCUUCCUAUGGUCUGUAUUUAUGGGUCGCACUGAGCUGGCUAAAGUUUUCCUCAUUUAUCUCGAGCCUAAAACCUGUGCAGCACUGAUUGCUUCCAGAGUAUACAAAGAAUUCUCAAAAAGAACUAACAUUAUUCAUUUUAAACAGACCAUGACAAGUACGGCAGAAGAAUUUGAAUUAUACGCUGUAAACUGUAUCAAUGCUUGUUAUGAACUUGAUGAAAAGAGAGCCUGUGAGCUAAUUCUACGACAAAUAACGCUAUUUGGCAAUAUAACAUGCAUUCAAGUACGUGAUAUCUGA